AUGACAUUUUAUUCGAAGCCGAAAUGGGAUCACUGUCAAGAAACGGAGUUCAGAUCUUGCCUGCUAGCGCACCCACAUACACAUACUCAUACCAGUCACCCGCAUCAUAUCAGUCACCACAUCACCUGUGCCAUCACCAAAUGCACUCCACUCAACUACGACAUACCAGUCACCCGCACCACAUCAGUCACCAUCACCUGUGCCAUCAUUGGUGAUGGCACAGGUGAUGGUGCAUUUGGAUGCACUCCACUCAAAUACGACAUACCAGUCACCCGCAGCACAUCAGUCACCAUCACCUGUGCCAUCACCAAAUGCAUUCCACUCAACUACGACAUACCAGUCACCCGCACCACAUCAGUCACCAUCACCUGUGCCAUCACCAAAUGCACUCCACUCAACUUAGACAUAUCAGUCACCCGCACCCCAUCAGUCACCAUCACCUGUGCCAUCACCAAAUGCACUCCAUUCAACUACGACAUACCAAUCACAUCCACCACAUCAGUCACACUCACAAGUCAUAGGCAAGACACCGGUGCGUGGCACUGCCAAAACACUCAUAAUUGUGCCAUCUCAACCUAUGCAGGCGCCAAGUGUAUCUCAUGA